CAGGACUCCCGUUGAAAUCUCAAGUCAAGAUAUCAUUAAAAACCAAGCAAUACCACCCAAAAACUUUCUUCAAACCCCUUCAAAUCUCACCCCAAAUUCGUACAAUGGAAACGAUAAUCCCCGAAGAAAUACUAGAGAAGUAUUUGCAGAGAAUUUAGCUUCAAAUACUUUUUCCUUUAAUCCACAAGUAGAUAAUAAUCGUAUUGAAGAAAAUCCAGGAAGAAAUGUGAGAGAAAUAUCUGAUACAGGUUCUAGUGUUGAUACUCAACUUUUUGAUACAGAGAAUUCAAAUGAAGGUACAUGUCACAAAGAAAAUCCAGUGAGAAAUACCAGGGAAGUAUUUGAUACAGAAUCGGAGCUUGAUACAAAGGAUUCUGAUACAGGUUCCAUAUUUGAUGCAAAUGUUUCAAGUGAUGAUACAAAACAAGAUACAUGUUUCAAAGAGAACCCUAAUAAUAGAUAUUCUAGAGAAGUACCCAGGAACCCAGGUUCUGAAAUUGAUCUGAUAAAUUCGAAUAUUUUGAAGUCAAUUGGAGACAAUUGUCAUGAGGAGGAUUUGAAACGAAAUGCGAGGCAAGUUAUUGGUACAAGCUCUCUGAUUGGUUCCAAUAAUUUAGACCAAAAUAUACAGGAAUCAGAGAAUGAAAUACAGGAAGAAUCAGAAACAUUUAAUAAGUUGAAAAAGGAAGAAACCCUGGAAAGUAAUAGAAAAAUUAGGGAAGUUCUUGUCCCAAAGGGAAGUUCAGAGGAUGCUCCAAAACUAACAAACUCUCAGAAUGAUACUCCGUUGAUUUCAAAUAAAUUGGAAAUUUAUCCCAGUAUAGUCUCUGAAGCUUUGUUGGAUGGAGAUCAAAAUUUUGGAGAAAAAAGCGAUAGAAAUGUGAGGGAAGUUGGUGAUUCUCAACAGAGUUUAAAUCAAGAUUUGGAAGAAGUCGAAUCUAAGAACAGAAAUGCUAGAGAAGUUAAUGAUUUAUCAGCUUUUGAGGGAAUUGUUGAUCAAAAUUCAAACGACGAAAGAUUGAAUGAAAAUAGCCAAAGAGUUGUAAGAGAUGUUCAUAAUGCGUCUCCUAUUGGAACAGAUUCAGUUGAAAAUUUGAGAAAUCGUGGGGAAAAUCAGGGUUUUGAGAGAGAUAAUCUUAGGAAUGUGAGGAGUUUGGACGAUAAGAGCCCUAUGGUUGGGUCUGAUCUUUCAAGCCUAGAUAAGCUGAAAGAAGAUGGAAAUUUGAAGGAAAUCUUGAGAAAUCCUCAAGAUAUUAUAAAAAGUAAUUUGAUAAAAGAUAGAGAAGGUUUAAAAGGAAAUGUGCGAAAUACUAGAGAGAUUAUUGGAGACCCAGGAUUGAAUCUUGAAACAAAUUUGAAAAAAGGAAACCAAGAUUCAGAUGGUGAUGAAUAUCUUGGGAUACCUUCCAACUACCCUUCAAAUUCUGAUGAAAAUUUGGUAGAAAACUUAGAUAGAAAAGCUAGGGAGAUACAGGGACCUUUUUUAUCAAAUUCUGAUGGAGUUUUGGGUCAAAAUAUCAAUGAGAAUAAUGCUGAGGGGAGCGUUGAAAAUGGACAAACAAUUAAAGGGGGAGCCCAGAGAAAUGUAAGGGAUACAGAAAAUCCCUCCUUAGUAGGCUCUGAUAUGUUCAACCAAAAUUUGAAUAAAAAUGAGGAUGAAAAUGUUGAAAAUAGAGGACGAUUCGAAAGAGAAGCUUCCAAUGAAAGUGAAGACGAAGAAAAAAGUGAUAAAAGAGGAGUUAGAGAGAUAUCUGAUGAAAGAGGAAUUUUGGAAUCGAAAUUUUCUAGACAAAAUUUUGAAAAUCUUGAUUUGAACUCUGAAAACUUGGAAAAAUCCCCUGGAAUCUUGGAUCCCACUUUGUUUACUGACGAUGAGAGCUUGGUGGGAGAUAAUAUGAGAAAUAUACGAGAUGUUAGAGAUAACAAAAUUGUUGAAAACGAAUCAAAAAUGGGAGGAAGAUACAUGAAUAAUUUUGAGAGAGAAGUGGAAGAAAUCCAGAAUGGAAUCCAAGAUAUGAAACCCAGUUUGUCCAACCAAGAAAAUACUGAUGUACACAGAAAUGCUCGCGAAACCUCUGAUUUGAGUAGAGAAAUGAAUUUGGAACUUUCCAGCGAUGAGAUGGUGGAAGAGAAGAGGAACGCUAGAGAGAUCCCCAAUUCAAGUAGGAAACUAGAUCUGGGAGUUUCUAAAGGAGAUGAUGAUGAUAUUGGAAACAAUAGGAAUGUUAGACAAGUUUCUGAAGGAUUUGGAACAAAUUUUCCCAAUGUUUUGAGUUCGCAAACUUGUGGGAACCUCAGGAAUAUUAAGGGAAUUUCUGCAGAGAAUUCAAAUAUAGCCUCAAAUCCUCUUAAUCAGGGAGUAAUCUCAGAUAAAUCUAGAAAUACUCAAGAAACUCCGGUUGUGAAUCCAAGUUUUACACAAAACUCUCUCAAUCAAGGAUCCAAUUUUGAGGAACCGUUGAAUAUUCGUGAGAUAUUUUUCAAGAACCCUGGUUUCAAUCCGGAUAUUUUCAAGCGGGAACCGGUUAUUAUUGGGGAGAAUAGAAAUAUUAGAGAAAUCUCUGUUGAGAAUACUGGACUUAAUUUGAAUGUUACAAAAGUAGAACCUUUAGUUGACGUUGGGGAUAGGGUUGUAAAUGAUGUUUCUGUUGAUAGUCAGGGGUUGAAAUCGGAUUUUACUAACAAAGAAGUAGGGAAUGAAGAUUUGGGAGGAGAGAUUGAUGUCAAAAGGGAAGCCAGAAGUUGUAAAAAGAAAAUCUCUCACCACAAAAAUAAUACUGACGAAGAUUUUGUAUAUGAGAAACCUCCUCCACUCCAUGCAAGCCUUCAAAUGAUGAAUGUAAGGAUAGUAAAAUCAAAAGACGAUUCCAAACUACUGGACGAUGAUACAGAUAGCUCUGGAAACACGGGGGGAGAAAAGGAGGGGAAGAAGAAGAAAAAGAAAAUUUGUCGAGUGAAACAUUUACAUGUUUUACAACCUUUGAAAAACUCGAAAAUUGUGGAAGCUCCGAAAAAGAAACUGAAUAUUUUGAGUGGUGGUCCGGGAGAGACCAUUUUGAAAGUAUUGGAAGCUACUAUGGAUGGAAAUAAUGAGAGGGAAGAAGAAGAAGAAGAAGAAGAGGAAGAGGGAGAGAAGGAAGGAGUGAGAGUAGUUGAUAAAGAGAGAGGAGUGAAAGAGGAGUCUAAAGUAGAUGAAGAUACUGAGGAGGAGGAGGAGGAUAGAGAUGUUGCUAAUGAAAAUAAAGUCAAAAACAAAAUAUCUAGAAAAUUUAAGUUGAAUCUGGAUAGGAACAACUUAAAAGGUUUGAAGGAUAGGGGAAGGUUGGAGGGACGGAUAAUUUCCUCCCCUUUAGUAGCCGAAAAUCUACCGAAACGUGUUUUUGGGGGCACGAAGAAGUUUGUACUAAGUGAAAACCGUUCCAAAAACUACGUCCCCAAAAGUCGGAAAUCGCUUUUUAAGAAGGAACGGCUAAAACAUGAUGAUCCCACAUUUUUGGUGGGGGUAGAGGUGAAGAAAAAAUUGAAAAACAAAAUGGAGGAUGACGGGGAAAAUGAUGAUGAUUUUGAAAAUGUUGACUCAUUUACCAAAGUUGAGGAACAUCUUGAUGAGCCCUGUCAAUCCGUAGUGGAAACUCCCGGGAAAUUUGAAAUACUGAAAUUGAAAGAUUUGCAGAAUUUUAGUGAAGCUAUCAAUGCAUCUGAUUCUAGACGUAAGUAUUUGGAGAAUAAAUUGUAUCAUUUCAAGAAAAAGAUUGAUAACUCCUUCAGAAAUCUUGAUAGAUCGGUAGAUAAUAAACCAAAUAAUAUGUGUGUAAAGAAUUAUUCUAAUAAUUUAGAUAAGAAUCGGAAUAAGCUUGAUAUGGGAAAGGUUGAACCGGAAGUUUUGGGAGAUGAAGAGGAGGAGGAAGAAGGAGAAGUAGAGGAAGAGGAGGAGGUGGAAGGGGAAAGUGAGGAGGAAGAAAGAGGGUUGAAAAGGAGAGAGAAAGAUGAUGAAAGCGGAGAGGGAGAGAAUGUAGGUGUGGAAAAAGUGGGAGUAGAAAGUGACGAAUUUGAAGAGAAAGCGGAUAUGGAAGAGGUAAAUGAUAUGGUAAAUGGAGAGGUGAAUGAUAUGGUAAAUGGAGAGGUAAAUGAUAUGAUAAAUGGAGAGGUGAAUGAUAUCAUAAAUAAAGAGGUAAAUGAUAAUAUGGUAAAUGAAGAGAUAAAUGAUAUGGUAAAUGAUGAGGUAAAUGAUGAUAGUUUGUCAGAUUGAAAAAUGGGAGAAAUAUGAAUACAAAUGAGUAUUCUUAGUAAGUCUAUAAUGUAGGUUAGAAAGAUGAAGUGAUAAAUAAAGAGGAAAAUAAAUAGAAGAAAAUCUUAAAGGUGGGGAUAAAAAGAAUAAAAGAUGAAGAUUGAGUUGUAAGAAGAAGAGGAAGAGAGAAGAAGUUGCGAGAAUGGAAACGAAGAUGGAGAAUAUGAUAAGAAGAAGAAGUGACGGAUGAAGAAGAAUGAGAAUAAUGAGUUGAAAGACCACAAGAAAACAGGUGUGGACUAAGAGAGAAGAAUUUAAAUAUUGUUGAUUUUUCUGUUGUGAAUAAUUUAUUGAUGAAUUUCAAGGAUGGAAUAAGAGAAAGGAUUAUCCGAGAAAAAUUAGUUUGAAUUACCAAAGAAUCAAUAAAAAUACAACCUUUCUUCAUUAUCAACACAGAGUGUAAUAAUUCAGUACCGUACUAUAACUACUGAGAGAUGAUACUAUUGUCUCAAUAUUGUUUCGAAUGACAAA